CACUUCUCUUUAGUGCGUCGAGCGGCCAAGUGGAGCUGACGCGUCUGGUCGUUGGAGCGUCCGCGGACUCGAACAGUAGCAGCGGUGCGCUUUUCCUCCUCCAGAGCCGCAGGCAUCCCGGGGAGCAGCCGCGCUGUGCACGCCUCGGACACCGGGGCGCGGAGGAUACUGCUUCUCCCUCCUCUUCUUCAUCUUCCUCUUCUUCUUCAUGAGCAUUUUGACUGAUUGAGACAGACAUUUUCUGCAUUUCCCUCAUGGUCCCCAACACCGAGCAGCCGGAGACAUGUGGAAUAAUCUGGGGAAAGUGCAGCGCGUCUCUCUAGUGUGUCUCCUCCUGACGCUGUGGGCUGAGGUGUCUCAGUCCACCGGUUACUUCGAGCUGCAGUUGAUCUCGGUGGAUAACCCCAGAGGUCAGCUCCUGAACGGCGACUGCUGCGACGCGGAGAAGAGCGCGGCCGAGGGCCACUGCGGCGAGGACGAGUGCGACACCUACGUCCGAGUGUGUUUAAAGGAAUAUCAGAGUGAGGUCAUGACCAACGGGCCGUGCACCUACGGCUCGGAAACUACUAAGGUUAUCGGUGGGAAUACUUUUCAGUUCAAGGGCGGCCAGAAGGGCGCACAGAGCCGGAGCAACGACGCGGGGAAGGUCGCCAUUCCCUUCCAGUUCGCGUGGCCGCGAGCGUACACUGUGAUAGUGGAGGCGUGGGACAGGGACAACGGCUCACACAGCAACGAUGAGGAGCUGCUGAUCGAGCGCAGCAUCCACAAAGGAACCAUCAACCCCGGGGAGGAGAAGCAGACGGUGGAGUACAAUAGCCUCCAAUACACCAUCCGCGUGCGCUGCGACGAGCACUACUACGGCAGCAAGUGCAACAAAGUGUGUCGACCCCGCGACGACUACUUCGGUCACUACGUGUGCGAUCAGCUGGGAAACCGAGGCUGCAUGGAGGGCUGGACCGGGCCCGACUGCAAGACAGCCAUCUGCAAACAAGGAUGCAGCGUCCUGCAUGGGACGUGCAGCGUGCCGGCGGACUGCAAGUGUAACUACGGCUGGCAGGGUCCGUACUGCGACGAGUGCCUGCCGUACCCCGGCUGUGUUCACGGGACCUGCAACGAGCCCUGGCAGUGCACCUGUGAGAAGAACUGGGGGGGCCUGCUCUGUGACAAAGAUCUGAACUACUGCGGGACCAACCGGCCCUGUAAGAACGGAGGCACCUGCAUGAACACAGAGCCGGACGAGUACAACUGCGCCUGUCCAGACGGAUACUCCGGCAAGAACUGCGAGAUCGCGGAACACGCCUGUGUGUCCAACCCCUGCGCCAACGGAGGGACGUGUCAUGAAGUCCCAUCAGGCUUUGAGUGUCACUGCCCAGCCGGCUGGUCCGGGCCGACCUGCGCUAAAGACACGGAUGAAUGUGCGUCCAGCCCCUGCGCUCAGGGCGGGACCUGCAUCGACCUGGAGAACGGCUUCAAGUGUCUCUGUCCACCCCAGUGGACGGGAAAGACCUGCCAGAUCGACGUUUUUGAGUGUGUUGGGAUCAAGCCUUGUCUCAAUGCUUACUCUUGCAAAAACUUGAUUGGUGGAUAUCACUGUGCCUGCUUUCGUGGAUGGGUGGGCAAGAACUGUCACAUCAAUCUGAACAGCUGCCACGGACAGUGUCAGAAUGGAGGGACCUGCAAGGACGUUGCCAGAGGCUACCAGUGUGGUUGCCAGCCAGGAUUCAUGGGCCGACACUGCGAGGUUCAGAGGAACCGCUGUGCCAGCAGUCCGUGUAGAAACGGGGGCCGCUGCCACGCCCUGCUGGACGGAUUCAUGUGUGAAUGCCCUCCAGGCUUCGCUGGCACGACCUGUGAGGUGCAGAACGACCCGUGCAGCCCAAGCCCGUGUCACAACAAGGCCCAGUGCCACAGCGUGAUGGGAGACUUCUACUGCAGCUGCCCCGACGACUACGAGGGUAAAACCUGCUCCGAGCUCAAGGACCACUGCAAGACCAACCAGUGUCAAGUGAUUGACAGCUGCACGGUCGCUGUGGCAACCAACGACACCCAAAAGCGGGUGUGGCACAUCUCGUCCAAUGUGUGCGGCCCCCACGGCCGCUGCAUCAGCCUGCCGGCCGGGAACUUCAGCUGCUCCUGCGAGCCCGGAUUCACUGGCACCUACUGCCACGAGAAUAUUAAUGACUGUGCGUCGUCCCCCUGUAAAAAUGGAGGAACCUGCAUCGAUGGGAUCAACUCCUUCCAGUGCUUCUGCCCCAACGGCUGGGAGGGCCUACUGUGUGAUGUUGAUGUGAAUGAGUGCAACAGGAACCCCUGUCAGAACGGAGGCCAGUGUGUCGACCUGCUCAACGACUUCUACUGCAACUGUGUGGACAACUGGAAAGGAAAGACCUGCCACUCGCGUGAGAGCCAGUGCGACUCCACCACCUGCAGCAACGGAGGGACGUGCUACGACCACGGAGACUCCUUCCUGUGCAGCUGCCCCUCGGGCUGGGGGGGCAGCACCUGCAACACAGCCAAGAACAGCACGUGUGACUCGGGUCCCUGCGAGAACGGGGGGACGUGCGUCGGCAAAGGAGACGACUUCACGUGUAUCUGCAAGGACGGCUGGAAAGGACCCACCUGCACUCAGAAUGUCGAUGACUGCAAUCCACAUCCCUGCUACAACGGCGGCAUCUGCGUCGACGGCGUGAACUGGUUUCGCUGUGAAUGCGCCCACGGAUUCGCCGGACCGGACUGCCGCAUAAACAUAGACGAGUGUCAGUCGUCUCCUUGUGCCGAAGGUUCCACCUGCAUGGAUGAAAUCAACGCUUUCCGCUGUGUCUGUCCCCCGGGACACGCCGGACCUCGCUGUCAAGAGUUCAUCGGACUCGGGAAGUCGUGUCGUCACGCUGGGCUGCAGUUUCCUCACGGCAGCCGGUGGGAGGAGGAGUGUAACGCCUGCCAGUGUGUCGACGGAUACGUUCGCUGUUCUAAGGUGAGGUGCGGUCGCCGGCCCUGCGUCCUCCCGAAGGCUCUUCCUCCCGCGGACACCAACCCUCCGUCCUGCCCCGGAGGCCACGAGUGUGUGGAGCAUCAGUUCCUCACGUGCUUCUCGGCGCCGUGCAACCAGUGGGGCGUGUGUUCAACGCCGGACCCCCCCACACCUCUGCACACCCAGUGUGAGCCCAACAGCGGUUACCUUGACAACAGCUGUGCUCGCAUCACGCUCAUCUUCAAAAAGGACAAAGUGCCGCAGGGCACCACUGUGGAGAACAUCUGCUCGGAGCUCAGGUACCUCCCCGUCACUCAGACGCUGGCUGAGGAGCGAGCGCUGCUCAUCCUCUGUGACCUGUCCUACUCCAACAGCGACGCCGUGGAGGUUGCCAUGUCCUUUGAGCAGGACGGGCGAUCGAAGGACAGCGACCGAGGACAGAUCCAAAAGGCCGCCAGCGCCAUCAUCGGUGCUCUGUCCAAACGCCACAACAGCACCGUCAUGUUGGCCGUGGUGGAGGUCAAAGUGGAGACGCUGGUGAAAUCUCCUCCUGCUGGUUACCUGGUCCCGCUGCUGUGCGUCGUCUUCGCCGUCCUGUGGAUCUUCUGCAUCGUGGUUUGCGUCUGGUGGAACCGCAAGAGGAAGAAAGAGCGCGAGAGAGCGGCCCGAUCCAACAGGCCGGUCAACAACAAGCUGGAGACGCUGCCGAGCUACGCCCUCAAAGACAACCGCGACAAAGACAUUCAGUACGAAUGCAAGAAACUGAUGGGCCCCUCGGACAGGACGUGCGACGGGGCCGAGGGCGAGGAGGAGGAGGGGGUGCAUGAGGAGGACGAGCAGGAGGAAGACGAGGAGAGGGCGCCGGGCCCCGGGGACAAGUGUUUGUCUCAGAAAGGCUCCAUAGCGCAGGACAGGGGGAUGAAGGGAAAGGGCGGAGUCAUCUGCACGGCGCACAGCGCUCCAGUGAAGGCGCCACACCGGACAGCGUACAGCCCCAAGGACAACCGGUGUAAAAACCUUAACGCCGCCAAGCUCAGCGAGGACAUGAAUGACCAUUAUGUGUGAGCGAAGGAGGGACCUUCCUGAAACACAGGAAACAAACUGAGACGUCUUCAGUGUCUCCGACGUUUCAACUCUUAAAAAAAACACCAAAAGUGAAGAUUACAGAUGCUUUAAUUUUUUAUUUUUGUCUGUUAAACAUUAUUUAACUUUGUCGUCUGCAGCUCGGAGGCGAAUUUUUACCAAAAAACCAACAACGAAAAUUACAGAAAAACAACCAAAAAAAAAAAGAAAGAAAAUAAACGGAAAAUAAACAUCAACGCUUUUGGAUUUUCUGGAUUUCACUUUAACCAUCGACGCUGUUGGAAUCGAGACUUUCUCUUCACUGAUGAUUUUAUUUUUUUUCUCUGUUUGACUUCAUGACGACUCUCGUGGAGAUUUAACUGAACGACAUCGGCCGGCAGCUGUUCACGUUGUUUCUACUGUUCGGUGCGUUGAGUUCCCGUCUGCCUUAGCCCGGACCGUCGGGCCUUUUCUACACUGUCUUCACGUCUUUUUAUAAAAACAAAUAAUACUGAAAAAAAAAAAAAAGGUUUUAUAUACGUUUUAAGUUUUUUGGAAAAGGAGAAUCGGCUGUAUAUGAUAUUUGGCAUGAGACGUUUUCUGUUUACAUCCAUAAACAUCUUUUUCCAUUUUGUGUUAAAGGUUCUUACCCUUUCAAAAUAAUUGUCACUGCUUCCUGCGAGUCAACGAGAUGAUUUUUCAGUAUUUGGUAGAAAAGUGCCUUGGCCCUGAUUUCCCUCCUCUUUCUCCUCCUGUGGACUUUUAGCAGAUUUUAAAUACAUAUAAAGGGAAAGACGUCCUCGUAACAACUCUUCAUGCAACAGGUUAUUUUUCUUUGUGAUGUACAAAUGUAAAUAUGAACAAAUGGCUGUGUAUAUUUGAGUUUAGUAACUUAAGUGAUGCUUUGUAUCAUAGUUAUUCUAAAGAAUAAGAUUUUUUUUUGUGGUUGUUUUUUUUUUUUUUCUAAUGAUGUCAUUCCGUUUGUGUCCGUCAACACUCAGACAGGUGUUCUCCAGAUGUUCGGACUGUGUCCAGAGUCGGUUUGAAACUAAAACACAUUGUUUGUCA